ACUGUGAAAGUAACACGGAGAUAGAGAGAGAGAGAGAGAGAGAGAGAGAGAGAGAGAGAGAGAGAGAGAUUCUUCUAGAGUCGGAGUAGUAGUGGUUGUUGUUACUCUUGUAGUACGUCUUCUUCCCCCAAAUCCUCAUCGCUAGGGUUCCUUUCUCCUUUAGAUCCAUAAUUCUUAAUGACGAGGUGGAAGUUGCAACCUAUGUUGUAGAGUUUUCUACUCUAUUUACUGAAGAUUAUGACUGAGACCUGGCAAAUAAGCUAAAGCUUUUUCUAAGGGCUUCAGGAGAGGAUUGCAUUUUUGUGGUAUUGUUUGAGCUCACAGAAGGAUAGAAGAGUGAGAAGCUAAGGAUGUCAAGCAGUCGAAAUACCCACUGGUGUCACAGAUGCCAGCGUGCUGUCCGGCUUCAUGGCCAAGAGCCUGUAUGUUCUUAUUGUGGAGGAGGAUUUGUUGAAGAACUUGAUAUGGCUCAAACCAGCCCAUUUGAUAUGUUUAGAGCUCACAGGGAUGUUGUAGAACGUGAUCCAACUUUUGAUCUCAUGGAUGCGUUUUCUGCCUUUAUGAGGAACCGCUUAGCCGAAAGAAACCAUGACAGAGAAAUCAGAGGAAGAACCAUCAGUUCAGGUCCUGAGAACUUUCCUGGCCUGGCUCCUUUAUUGAUCUUUGGUGGUCAGGUCCCUUAUAGACUAUCUGGAGACAAUGCAGUGGAAGCCCUCUUCAAUGGCGGCUCACCUGGCAUUGGCAUCACACGUGGUAACACUGGUGACUACUUCUUUGGUCCCGGUCUUGAAGAAUUGUUCGAGCAGCUUUCAGCUGGCACUACUCGCCGAGGUCCACCACCAGCACCUAGAUCAUCAAUAGAUGCAUUGCCAACCAUCAAGAUCGCGCAGAGGCAUCUUAGGUCGUCAGACUCAAAUUGUCCUGUUUGCAAAGACGAAUUUGAAUUGGGAUCAGAAGCAAAACAGAUGCCAUGUAACCACAUCUAUCAUUCUGACUGCAUCGUCCCGUGGCUGGUUCAGCACAAUUCAUGCCCGGUCUGUCGCCAAGAGCUACCAUCAGCUAGAGGACCUUCAAGCAGUCAAAACAGAACCACCACAAGAAACUACAGAAAUAGUAGUAGUAAUAGCUCUAGUAGCAGUCGUGAGAACGGCAACGAAAGAAGGAAUCCAUUCUCUUCCUUGUGGCCAUUUCGUUCAUCGGGUUCAAGCUCGAGCUCCACUCAAAACCGUGGAGGCACAAGAAACUCGGACACAACCGAUGAGAACCAUAACUACCAUCAACAGCAACAUCAACAAUCAUAUAUGGGAUACAGUGGAUGGCCUUUCGAUUACUAAAAGUGAGAGCUAAAAACAAAUCUUUUGGUCUCACUUUGACCUCUCUCAACUUACACUAUGCUUAUGUUUCUGCGUCUUCCUUGUGCUUCCCUCUCUCACCCCCUCACUCUCUUUUAUCAAUAUAAAUAAUGGAAAACUGUAAUUGUAGAUUUUCAGUGUCUGUAAAACAAAUUCAUCGUUUUCUAUAUGCUUUGUUAAAUACUGUAUGUCACUUUAGUUUGGUUGAAGUAGAUUUUUCUUUUAGUAGA